AUGACAGGACAGUGCUCAAUCUGUUUGAACCCCUACCGAGACCCCAUUUCUAUUCCGUGCGGCCAUAUAUACUGCCUCGGAUGCCUGAACGCUUACGCCAACGCACCUGCUCACGAGGGGUUGAAGGCCAGUUGCCCCACAUGCCGUCAGGAAUUCUAUUUCGUCACUCCCGACGUCAGGAUACUCCCAAGCAAAUUCCACCCCUUCAUUAUGAACCACAUGCGACGCGUCUACAUUACACCAUCGGAGGGGCAGCAAGAGCUCGUUCAGCAAAACGAACAGCUCCGGGCCCAGGUUGACAAUCUGAAAUCCCAAGAGGAGGAACUUUUGGCAAGGAACGACCGACUCAAAAGGCAGCGGGACUCAUGCAAGCGGAAGGAGAGAGAAAACGCUCAAGAGAGGCAACAACUUGAACGCGAACUGGCGCAGGUGCGGAGGGAGCUAGAGGAUGCCAGGCUUGUCUAUACACAGGCAAGCAAUGCAGCAGAAAGAUUUCGCGACUACAACGCGCACCAAGAGGAAGAAUUGUGUCAGUUGUCGGAGCUUGUUGACAGGUUGGCGCACGAAAGGGAUGAAGCGGAUGAAUUAGCAAGAGCUGCAGCGCAGGAGAACGCAGUGCGGGCCAGGGCUCAGAGGGCAUUGGAGGAACGGUUCAACCGGUGCAUGCAGGAGUAA